CCCUGAUAAUCGGCGUGUCAGGGCAGAAGGUCUGCCCACCCCCGAGGGGCGCUGCCCCCGCAGACGACACCGGCCUCUUUCCGGGCACGCGCCGCGGCCGCCGCUGCGGGCGGAGCCCCUCCGCCGGCGCCCGGGCUCCACACGCUGGCGCUGGGAGCCCUGCGUGCCCGCUGGGCAGCCCAGCCUCUCCGCUAUUCGCCCCUAUCUUCGCCUCCGCCAAGUGUGGAAGGGGCGCUACCGGGCGCGAAAGGCCGCUCCCGGCGGUGGCCGCGGGCGCCGCCCGCGCGGCGCGCGGAGCCGCAUCACUAUGGCGACAAGGUGCAGCGCCACUGAGGCGCGAGGAGCCGGAGGAGGAGGAGGUGGAGGAGGAGGAGGAGGAGGGGGAGAGGUAGAGAGAGAGAGAGAGAGCGAGAGAUUAUGCAUGCAAAACCAUGGGUCUUCCACAGGUUCAGUAACGCUAGCUACCGCCGUGUCUAACAAACACUCACUUUCAAACACUUGCUGCGCUCCGCGGCGUGGCGGCAGCAGGCAGGACCUCGUUCUGGGCCAGGCCGCGCUUCCGCACCGACCUCGCUUCAUCGAGGACCGCGACUUUGAAGUCUUGGCACGCACGCUCAACGAACGACAGUCUUCGCUCGCUGGCAAAGGCUGCAUCUCACAGGGAGGAAGGACAAAGGCAGGGAAGACGUCGGUCAUUUGGCGGGCUCUCU